CUCGAGCGCCGGAUGUCGGCGUCGAAAAGCUGAAUGGACGCAAGCAUAGCACACAGUCUUCUCGAUUGCCGCAGCAGGCCCUUUCGGCCAGCCCUUCGCGCUUGAGAGCGCAGUACACCAUUCCCUCGUGGGACUUCCGCUGACUGGUAAACCAUGCCCCGGCUCUACCACGCGUGGUGUUCCAGCUCCGCUCUGGGGCGGUUUCCUUACCCGGACCCGGUUCCUAGACGCCACCGACGCCUCACCAGCUGUGUGUCAGUAACACCCAAGUGCGGGGUUUCGGAGUCGAGUUUGAUUGAGUCCUGGUUCAAGGCAGUCACGUCGCUUACCCAGCGCCCAAUAUAUCCAUUGCUUGUCCCUGCUGGCAGCCAAUGUUACACUCAGUCAGUGGCAAGAAGGCUCGAAGAUGGUAGCACACAAGACAACUUAAUGGAUGAAGCAUCUCCAGGCCAGGCCGCUCGCGCUUUGCUAGGUUGCUUGGGGUCCCUUGGAGAGAAGCUGGGCAUUAUCAGAAUCCGGAGUGUGCAUGGAAGAACCACUCACACCUUGAUGAGGUGCUGCAGAUGCCACACAGCUCGGAUCCUUCCCGCGGCCAAUCGCAGAGACUUGCGAACUGUACAGUGUGCCACGGUUGAUGCAGGCAGCGCUUGAACUGUCGUUAACUGUCUCACUAAAAAACAAAAGAAAAAGAUUCCCUGAGCAGCGUCUUCCGAGAAAGGAACAGUUCAUGGUUGUGGUAUGCCCCUGUU